CAUUUAUAUAAGAAGGAAUAAGACUCAGCAAGUCUAUGCCAUUGCCUUGCGGGCAAAGGAGUUCUCGGAAGUAGCUUCAAAAUCACCAAAGGCAAUAUUGUGGUUUCAGAAUUCUGAAUCCGUCAUUGAUAUGAAGGUCACAUGCAGUAGCGGAGGGUAGGGAAGAGAAGGGAGGCGAGGUGUCCAAUGGGUUCGCAUAACCCAAAAUACUCUGAGAAAAACAUGUCUUGUUUCGAAAACAAUAUGGAGAAAUCAGCAAUUGCUGCUAUAUUAUUGCUUUUGUACUUUUUUGUCUUCUGCCCUCAACCAAUGGUUCACUCAUUCGCCACUCCAUCUGACGUCGAAGAUUUUAGCUACUUGAAAUUUGUACGUAACGCAACUGAUCUACCAUUGCAAGAAAAAUACGACUACAUUGUGGUUGGAGGGGGCACGGCAGGGUGCCCAUUGGCAGCAACUUUAUCCGCGAACUACUCCGUGCUCCUCCUAGAAAGGGGAGAUAUUCCCACAGCAUAUCCAAACGUGUUGAGUAACGCUGGGAUUCUUGCAAAUUUCAUGCAAGAAGAUGACGGUAAGACGCCGGCCCAGAGGUUCACAUCAGAAGAUGGUGUAGCUUUUGUAAGAGGACGGGUCCUAGGCGGGUCAAGUAUGAUCAAUAUUGGUCUUUACUCAAGAGCCGACAGUGAAUUCCUCAAGAAAUCAGGAAUUAAAUUGGACAUGAACUUAGUCAAUAAUUCAUAUGAAUGGGUUGAAAACACUCUAGUGUUCCGUCCGAAUUUAUCACACUGGCAAUCUGUUGUGAAAGAUGCAUUGUUAGAAGCUGGUGUUCGUCCAGACAAUGGACUUACUUUGGAUCACAUUAAGGGAACUAAAAUCACGGGUACGAUCUUUGACAAUCGUGGAAGAAGACAUGGAGCUGUGGAACUGCUUAAUAAAGGACAUCCAAAAAACCUGAGAGUUGCAAUUCAUGCCGCAGUUGAGAGGAUCCUUUUCUCUUCCAAAGCAUCAGGUUUGUCAGCUAAAGGAAUCAUAUACAGUGAUCUUAACGGGAGGUCUCAUCGGGCAUUGAUACGUGGUAAGGGUGAAGUUAUAUUGAGUGCAGGGGCAAUUGGGAGUCCUCAACUUCUGCUACUUAGUGGUGUUGGCUCGAAGUCCUACUUUUCAUCUCUUAAAAUCCCAGUUGUUCACCCACAACCUUACGUUGGGCAGUUUAUGCGUGACAAUCCUCGUAAUUACAUUACCAUUUUGCCCCCAUUUCAACUAGAACCUUCUACUGCACAGAUUGCUGGUAUCACAAGUGAUUACUAUAUAGAGACUUUCUCCGGCUUGCCAUUUUCUACUCCGGCCUUUAGUCUUUUCCCUAAUCCAACCAUUCCCAUGACGAUAAAUUCAACUUUCGGGCACAUUGUUGUAAAACAUCCAGCACCCUUGUCCUAUGGUUCUCUUAAAUUGCAAUCUUCCUCUGAUGUCAAAGUCGGCCCAAAUGUCAAAUUCAACUACUUUGCACAGAAGCCAGACCUUUCUCGUUGUGUUAGUGCCGUGAGGAAAAUUGGUGAUUUAUUAAAAACAAACUCAUUGAAACCGUUUAAGACUCAAGAUUUACCAGGUGAAGAAGGUUUUAACUUUUUUGGACCGUCUUUACCAAUGAACCAGUCAGAUGUUGCAUCAUUUGAAACCUUUUGUCGAAAUACAGUAGCCACAUUUUGGCAUUACCAUGGUGGAUGCCUGGUCGGAAGGGUAGUUGAUGGAGAUUUGCGGGUCAUGGGGAUCAAGGCAUUACGUGUUGUUGAUGGAUCUGUAUUCAAAAGUUUAUCACCAGGGACCAAUCCUCAGGCUACUCUUAUGAUGUUAGGCAGGUACGUUGGCCUUCGAAUGCUGGAAGAAAGAUCAGUCUGCAAGGUCGUUGAUCAUAAUUCAACAUUUCAACCGUAUAUUGGAUUUCUUUAAUAUCAAAAUGACACGUUUCUUUAAGGGGUGUGUUAUCCACACACCCCAUUUUACUUCUCACACACCCCUUAAUAAUUUUUAUCUGUUGAUCUUCUUCAAUUCAUCCGAUCCGACGAUCGAAAAUUAAAAAGGUGUGUGAGAAGUAAAAUGGGAUGUGUGAAUAUCACACCCCUUCUUUAAGACUAUAGUUAAUUUGUCAUGUAAUAAAUUGAAGAUUAUUCAAUGGUUUAGUGUUAUGGUUUUUACUCAAGACAAACUCAGUUAAUAAGGUCAUGAUGUCGCUUCAAUGACCCAACUGCAAAGCCAGCAAUAAAAAUUAGCCCUACUCCUGAAAUUCAUUA